CUUUCAACAAGAUUCUAUUUGCCGCUCUAUUCUCUAUCUUGUUCGUUUUACAUCCUAGAAAAGCCUAACUUAUCGACUGCGACUCUUCAACCUCGGCUAGAAGCUGAUCUCCUCACCUUCACCGCAAUCGCAUCUCCAUGGGAAGAUGUCGCGUUCAUCGCAACCUUUUGCCUUAGGGCAAAAAUAACACAAACGAUGACUACCGAACCGUAUAUAACAGGCGCCCAUAUCAUCGCCCGUACUCUGAAAGACCUCGGAGUUACUGUCGUCUUCGGUCUGGUCGGCGUGCCAAUCUCAGGCGUCGCGGAACAAGCGAUCAACUUAGGCAUCCGUUUCGUUGGCUUUCGCAACGAACAGGCUGCAAGCUAUGCCGCUACCGCUUAUGGAUAUCUGACUGGGAAACCGGGGGUUUGUCUGGUUGUCGGCGGGCCAGGGGUGUUGCAUGCGAUUGCUGGGGUGGGCAAUGCAUCCGAGAACAACUUCCCACUACUCCUCUUGGGAGGCUCCACAGAAACUCACCUCGUCACCAAAGGGGCCUUUCAAGAGCUCGACUCGAUCUCUCUUCUUAAGCCACAUACCAAGAUCGCCAUUCGGCCUUCUAAUGCGUCUUCUCUUUCACCUAUUGUUGCUAAUGCCUACCGAACCUCUUUCUAUGGCCGCCCGGGUACGGGAUUUGUCGACCUACCAGCCGACAUCAUCAAUGAGCCUCUCGAUCCCCAGGCUGCCUCGAAUGUCGAAGAAACCCCUGCGGUAGCUGCUCCGCCAAAAGGAGGUGCCGACGAAGCCCGGUUACUGAAAGUCGCCGAGCUCAUCAAGCGCGCCAAAGCGCCGCUCGUCCUCAUCGGUAAAGGGGCAGCUUACGCGCGGGCCGAAGUACCAAUCCGCCAUUUCAUCGAUUCAACACUCCUCGCUUUCCUACCUUCGCCCAUGGGAAAGGGAGUGAUGCCGGAUUCUCACCCACGGAACGUGUCUUCAGCGCGAAGUGCAGCAUUAAAAAUGGCGGAUGUGGUUCUAGUUCUCGGGGCGCGACUGAACUGGAUAUUCCACUAUGGAGAACCGCCGAAGUGGAAUCCUGAAGCCAAGUUUAUCCAGGUCGAUAUAUCCUCCGAGGAAAUGGGUCGCAAUGCUGCGGAUGCAGAACUUUCUCUUCUGGGAGACGUGUGCAUCGUUGUCCAACAGCUCACUCAACACCUUGCGAAUUGGACGUACAACCCCUCACUCUCAGAUUAUUUCUCAGUACUUAAAACCGCGAGGCAAGGGAACGAAGCCAUGGCCGCGCGCGCUGCAUCUGAUCCUUCCCUCCCAUUGACCUACGCUAGAGCAUUCGACGUCAUCAAGACCGCACUGCACUCUUUAUCACCGCCUGCUGGAGGUGGGAUAUGCUACAUAUCCGAAGGCGCCAACACCAUGGACAUCUCGCGCUCCAUAUUUCCUCUCGAACACCCACGUCUCCGCCUCGACGCAGGAACUUACGCGACAAUGGGUGUCGGACUACCCUACGCAAUCGCAGCCUGGGAAUCAUACAACGGCCCCGGGGCGCAAGCCUGUUCAGGCCCUGCUAAGCGCAAAAAGGUCGUUGCCAUUGAGGGUGAUUCGGCCUUCGGCUUCAGCGGUAUGGAAGUCGAGACUAUGGCGCGCAUGGGUAUGGAUGUCCUGAUCUUUGUGAUUAACAAUGGUGGUAUUUACUUCGGCGAUUCAAAAUCAACGGAAGAUUGGGCGGAGCGACAGCAGCGCACUAUGAGGGGUGAUCCUGGGCUUAGAAGUUGGGCAUUGGGCUGGGAGGUCAAGUAUGAGAAGCUGGCGGUGGCCUGUGGUGGGAUGGGGUUCUUUGUAAGGACUCCGGAGGAGCUAGAGAUGGCUACCGUAGCAGGGUUUAACGCGAAGGUGCCAGUUAUCGUGAAUGUCAUUAUUCAGAGUGGGAAGGUAGAGAAGCCGAGUUUUGGAUGGCAGACGACUCCCAAAAGGAAGGCAAAUAGGACUAAACUGUGAGACCCAAUAUGAUAUUCCAUGCGUUU